CUGCUCCUUGGUGUAUAUAUAUAAUGCUUGUUGAGGUUUGUUUGGAGAAACAAAACAAGGCUCGGAUACUGGAGGGGUAGAGGAUUUUGUUGACUUGAGGGCAAACAUGAAGUACAUGAAGAGGCCUAUGAUCCUUUUGGUUCCAUAUCCAGCACAGGGGCAUGUCACUCCUCUGCUUAAGCUGGCUUCAUGCUUGGUUACCCAAGGAUUCAUGCCGGUUAUGAUCACCCCGGAAUUCAUUCACCGUCAAAUUGCACCUAGAGUCGAUGCUAAGGACGGGAUUUUGUGCAUGUCCAUACCAGAUGGAGUGGAUGAGGACUUGCCCCGUGAUUUUUUCACCAUAGAGAUGACUAUGGAGAACACCAUGCCAGUUUAUUUGGAGCGCCUAAUUCGGAAGCUUGAUGAAGAUGGGCGAGUUGUAUGUAUGGUUGUUGAUUUGCUAGCAUCUUGGGCUAUAAAGGUAGCCGAUCAUUGUGGGGUACCUGCAGCAGGAUUUUGGCCUGCCAUGCUUGCCACUUACGGGUUGAUUUCAGCCAUACCUGAACUCAUCAGGACAGGCCUCAUUUCUGAAACUGGAAUUCCAGAGGAACAGCGUAAAAUAUGCUUUCUACCUUGUCAGCCUGAGCUAAGCACUGAAGAUCUACCUUGGUUGAUUGGAACAUUUACAGCCAAAAGAGCAAGAUUCGAAUUCUGGACAAGAACCUUUGCACGAGCAAAAACUCUUCCUUGGAUCCUUGUUAAUUCCUUUCCGGAGGAAUGCAGCGAUGGUAAACUACAAAAUCAACUGAUCUAUAGCCCUGGAGAUGGUCCACGUCUUCUCCAAAUUGGACCUUUGAUUAGGCAUGCCGCAAUAAGAACCCCUAGCUUAUGGGAGGAAGAUUUUAAUUGCUUGGAUUGGCUAGAACAACAGAAGCCCUGCACAGUUGUCUAUAUUUCAUUUGGAAGUUGGGUUAGCCCAAUUGGGGAACCAAGGGUAAGAGAUUUAGCAUUAGCACUUGAAGCAUCUGGAAGGCCAUUCAUUUGGGUACUAAGGCCUAACUGGCGUGAAGGUUUGCCAGUUGGAUAUUUGGAGAGGGUGUCAAAACAAGGAAAAGUUGUUUCAUGGGCACCUCAAAUGGAGUUGCUGCAGCACGAGGCUGUAGGGUGUUAUCUCACACAUUGUGGGUGGAAUUCUACCUUAGAGGCUAUACAGUGCCAGAAGCGUCUUCUGUGCUAUCCAGUUGCAGGUGACCAGUUCGUGAAUUGUGCCUACAUUGUCAACGUAUGGCAAAUAGGAGUAAGGAUUCAUGGGUUCGGACAGAGAGAUUUAGAAGAAGGCAUGAGGAAGGUAAUGGAGGAUAGUGAAAUGAACAAAAGGUUGUCCAAACUAAAUGAGAGAAUUAUGGGAGAGGAGGCUGGUUUGAGAGUUAUGACUAACAUCACUACCUUCACUGAUAAUCUCAAAAAGCACGUGGUUAAUUGAAUCUACCUCCCAUUAAAUCUGUUCAUGGUCUUAAUUCCACUUUCUUCCUAGACAGGUUGUCAGAAAAAGAUGUCAAUCCAAUGUACAAAGUGAUUGAAGUUACAAUAAUGAAGCAACUUGUUCUAAAUAA